AAAGGAGACAGAAAGCAUGAGGGAAAGCAUAGACAGUUCACCACAAAGAUGUGACCAAAUAAUCACAAAAGACAUUCAAAAUAGACACGUUAGCACAGCCAAACGCCUCUGAGCCCUUUCCACGUGUCUUAUUGAGUAAGAUCGACGCAGCAAGUGCAGCUCAUUCGCCAAGCCACUUCUCACAUUUCUUCCCUGGCCCUCCCCCGCCGCACGCAGCUUAAGCCAGUCAUGUGGCUGUUCUCUGUCACGUGGCUGUUCCUAACUGGCUCAGUCGUCUGGUUGCCUUGGACACUGAGCUUAAAGUCAACAGGGAGGGGGAGCAGAGAGGAUAAAGGCAGAGGCGAACAAACAGAAGCCAUUUCUAGGCAAGCUUAGAAACAUGGAGCCUGAAACAGACCAACAAAGGCAUGCUGGGGAGGACAAGAGGCAGAGGGACACAGCUGGACACUGGAGAGGAGAGGAAGUGAAAGCUCUGCUUUCGGUGUGGAGGGAGAGACAAGCCUGGGAAGAAGAAGAAAGCAGGGCCAAGUAUGAGGCCAUCUCAAGCCGUCUGAGAGAGCUUGGGGUGUGUAGGGACUGGCUUGAUUGUAAGGCCCAGAGUAGGAGCAUGGCUCUUCCAGACUGGAGGCCUACGCAGACCGUCUACAAACACUCUUCUGCAGAUAGCAGGCCGCCGACCCAAAGGCCUUACGUGGCAGAUGAAGAGCCAACAGCUGCCAGAAGAGAGGAGCCUGCUUCACUGCCAGCUCUUCAGGAAGGACUGGAAGGAGGACGGCACUGGUCUGACAAGGAGGUUCGGGCACUCCUUACUGUUUGGGCUGACAAGGAGGUUCACAAACAGCUCCAACGCUCCCACAGAAACAAGGCCAUCUUCCAGGAGAUGGCACGUCGGCUGGAACGGCAGCACGGCGUGGUGCGAGACUGGAGACAGUGCCGCACCAAAUACAAGAACAUGAAAUAUGACUACAAAGUCAGCAAGAGUCAAGGCCGGCCAAUAAGGUUCUUUGCUGAGCUUGAUGCUAUAAUGCAGGGCAAAGACAUUGAGGGUGGAUUUGAAGAGGACGAGUCGUCUAGGAACGUACCAGACAGGGACCAGGUGGCCAUGAGGCGUGAACCUGUCGAAGAACAGGUUAUUAAGAUCGAUGACGAUGAAAGUCUGGCAGAGAUGCAAACAAUAAUGAAUGCUGCCACUCAUCCACUGAUUGCAAGAGAGACAGCGACAACAGCAGCAGCCACAAACGAAAUGAACAUAAUCACAGUGCACGACUCGGGCAGAAAUUGGAGUGAGGAAGAGGUGGCUGCACUGCUUCAGAUCUGGGCCGAAGAAGGGAUUCAGCGACAGCUACAGGGCUCAACCAGAAACAAAGACAUAUUCGUGCAGAUUUCACGCAGGCUUCUUCAGCAGGGCGUGGAAAGGGACUGGAAACAGUGUCGUACCAAGUACAAAAACCUGAAGUACCUCUACCGUUCUCUGCAGAGAGGAAAAGCCGAUAUCGGAGAUCCUCGCCGUGUCAUGAGAUUUUAUGAACAGCUGGAUGCCCUUUUGUCCAAGCCUCCUAGAAGUCGACUGAGCUAUGCCAAGUUUUCUGACACAAACAAUUUACUGAGAAACUCUAGGCUGUUUACUCCACCAACAUUUGAGGAGCACUCCAUGGGUGGACUUCCACAGGAGGACAAUGACAUUGUUGCGGUUAGAUAUGACCAGCCACCCAUAGAUGAGGCCACUUUGAGAUCUCCUGCCAUUUCUGCAAGGGUCUUUCAGAACCAAGUUGAGACCGAAGGCAUUUUAACAAGACCAGAGAAAGUGUCAAAUGUUGAAUAUGGGAUGCCUGAAAUGAAUGCCACGAUUGUGAGGUCAACUGGCAGCCCUCAGAUAGAAUAUGAACAGCAUGUCUCCUCUGACUCCAUCACAGCUGUUAUAUACGACGACGGUCAUAAGUACAGAAGGAUCCCAGACAGCAGUGACCCAUCAUACACAAGUGGAGAGCAUGCCACGGCUACCAAAGGAAGAAAGAGGAAAGCUGCAGAUGAAGGGGAUCGCUUGCUUUGUAAACAGUUUCAUCAGAGCACCGAUGAUGGGGAAAGCAGCACAGACUGGUCUGAGAAUAUAGACUUCCAAUGCAAAGAAGAGGAGGAUCAAUACAUUCCGAUCAUGGAGAUCACCUCUGUGUGUUCAAUGGCAUCUAAUGCAAUCACGUCUGAACAAUCGGAAAAACGAAGCUCAACAAAAAUGUCGAACACAACAGAAUUGAAACUAGGUCAAAAACUGAACGAGGGUAAGACCAAGCAGAUCUUUGAGCUUGUGGAUGAGUCGGGUCAUGUUCUGGUCCAGUCUAAAGAUCAGAUCACAGCGGGCAAUGCGGUUCGGAAGGAUCAGAUGGAGGGCAAAGCAGCUAUUGCCAACAAGACCACCAGCUGUGUGUUCAAACUUCUACAGGAUGCUGGUUUUAAGACUGCAUUUGUCAGGCAGCAUUCUGAGACUGCUUUUGUGGCGUCUCGAUGUGAGAUGAUACCCAUUGAGUGGGUGUGCAGACGGAUAGCCACAGGCUCCUUCCUCAAACGCAACCCUGGGGUCAAAGAGGGAUACCGCUUCUCUCCUCUAAAAAUGGAGAUGUUCUUUAAGGAUGAUGCCAAUAAUGACCCUCAGUGGUCAGAGGAGCAGCUUUUGGCAGCUGGUUUUGAGCUGGCAGGUUUGACUAUUGGGCGCUGUGAGGUGGACAUCAUGAGCAAAAGCACGGUGGCCAUUUUUGAAGUCCUGGAGAAGGCUUGGGCCACACAGGACUGCACGCUGGUGGAUAUGAAAAUUGAAUUUGGUGUGAAUGUGACCACUAAAGAGAUAGUGUUGGCUGAUGUGAUUGACAACGACUCUUGGAGGCUCUGGCCUGCUGGGGAUCGCAGCCAGCAGAAAGACAAACAGGUGUACCGUGACCUGAAAGAAGUCACUCCUGAGGCCAUGCAGAUGGUGAAGAGGAACUUUGAGUGGGUUGCAGAGCGAGUCAAGCUGCUUCUGGAGUCACAGGCAAAAGGAAGGGUUGUAGUUCUAAUGGGCUCUACUUCAGAUGUGGCACACUGUGAGAAGAUCCGUAAGGCUUGUGGCUCUUAUGGCAUUCCCUGCCACCUUAGAGUCACCUCUGCCCAUAAAGGCCCUGAUGAGACACUCCGCAUCAAAGCUGAAUACGAGGGUGAUGGUGUACCCACCAUCUUUGUUGCAGUGGCAGGCAGAAGUAAUGGCUUGGGUCCUGUGAUGUCAGGAAACACUGCGUAUCCGGUUAUUAACUGUCCUCCUAUUACCCCCGACUGGGGUGCUCAGGACAUUUGGUCAUCUCUUCGCAUGCCUAGCGGUCUGGGUUGCACCACGGUUCUUUCUCCAGAAGCUGCUGCUCAGUUUGCAGCUCAGAUCCUGGGUCUUAAUGACCAUUUGGUUUGGGCCAGACUUAGAGCAUCCAUGUUGAACACCUGGGUCUCCCUGAAGCAGGCUGACAAGAAGCUGCAAGAGUGCAGCCUGUAAUAAACCAGCAUUUUCAUUCCAUUCAACCGCUUUGUACAUUUCUGCUUACAUUUUUGUAUGCACCUGUCAUUGCCUUUAAUCAAGCCUAUGUGAAAUGCUGACUUGGAGCUUAUUUGCAAUAAUACCAUUUCAGGUGUACAUUACGUCAAUAAACAUUCCUCAGUUACA